AGCAGGGAGACCUUUGUUUCACUGGGGACUUGUUUUGGGAGAGGACCGUGGUAUCUAGGGGGACCGGAUAAGUGUUACACGCGUGAGUCCAUAUGGGUUCUCGGUGGCGGCAGCUGCUGCAGCUGCGUCGGGGGUUUCGUGCAGUUUUUCGUCUUUCGCCUGCUUGUUGCCGAGUGCCUCGCCCUGUCAAGUUUUUGCAUGCCAGUUCUGUCAACUGCCGCUUCCUGGGGUCAGGCAAUGGGCCCGCUGGAGGAAGGCCGGAUAAGGACGGCGGUGAAUGGGGGACCGGAGAGGGCGAGGAGGACAGCGAAGAGGAGGGAGAGGAAGACGAAGAGUUUGAAGUCGAGGAUGAGGAGCUGCGAGAAUCGGCGCUGCCCCCUCUGCCCCUUGGUGUGCAGCACGUGUUUGUGGUCCAUCCAGCUGUGAAAUGGGGGCCAGGCAAGGCUCGGUUAACCACAGGUGUGAUGCACACUGUCAGGCAACAAACACGCGAGGCAACAAACAAUGCAGCUGAACUUCAGCUAGCUGAAGCUGUUGCACUGAUAAACACCAUUCAAGAUUGGACUGUUGUAGAGAAAAUGAUUCUUUCUACAAAAAAUGCAGACAAGCUUUUUAUCUUCGGCAAAGGGAAUCUCCAGCUUCUGACUGACAAGAUUAAAGAAUUGCCAUGUGUAUCAGCAGUCUUUGUGAAUGUAGAAAGACUCUCUCUUCGUACCAAGAAAGAAUUUGAACAAGCCUGGGGAGUGGAGGUUUUCGACAGAUACUCAGUUGUUCUUCAUAUUUUCCGCCGCAAUGCUCAGACUAAGGAAGCAAAACUUCAGAUAUCAUUGGCUGAAAUACCAAUUCUGAGGACCAAUUUGAGAAAUGAGGUUGCUCAGAUGGAUCAACAGAGGGGUGGAUCAAGAUACAUUAUGGGUUCUGGUGAAACAUUCAUGGAAGUGCAACUUCGCCUUUUGAAAGAAAAGGAAGCUAAAAUUCGAAGGGCUCUGGAGAGGCUCAGAAGAAAAAGAUCCUUACUUAGAAAACAACGGAAAAAGUGUGAAUUUCCUAUUAUUUCAGUAAUGGGCUACACUAACUGUGGGAAAACUACUCUGAUCAAGGCCCUUACUGGAGAUUUAGGAUUAGAGCCUCAAGAUCGAUUGUUUGCCACACUGGACAUUACAGCUCAUGCUGGCUGUUUGCCAUCACGCCUCACCGUUCUUUUUGUGGAUACUAUUGGAUUUCUCACUCAGUUGCCCCAUGAUCUUAUUGAAUCAUUUUCGGCUACGCUAGAAGACGUAGCCUGCUCGGAUUUAAUUGUCCACGUGAGGGAUAUUAGCCAUCCAGAAACCACCCUCCAGAAGGAAAGUGUGCUGUCGGUUCUCAGGAAUCUCCAUCUUCCCAGUCAGUUAAUGGAGUCAAUUAUUGAAGUUCACAACAAAGUAGAUUUGGUAGACAGUUACCAUCCUACUGAACCAAAUGCCAUAGCCAUUUCUGCUCUCUUGGGGCAUGGAUUAGACAACUUGAAAGAGGAAAUUGAGAGGACAGUUUUGAAAAUAACUGGGAGGCAGAUUCUGACAAUUCAAGUUGAUUUAUCUGGACCUCAGCUCAGGUUGUUGCUUCUUUAUCCAGCGAUUUAGACAUGGAAGGGCAUGGAGCGUCAUUUUCUUUAUAGAAUAAUGGAGAUGUGCCAGAAUGUACCCCAAAUCUCCAGUAAGAUUGAUUCCUGCAACGAAUAAUCCACCUGUAUGAAAACAAAACAAAGAGUUGCCACCGUGUCUGUAAUAUGCCUUCCUGUGGGCAUGACUAACACUGUGGGUAAUCAGUGUUUGAAUUUUCUCACUAUAUUUAAAAGUUUAAUUUCAGGCACCUCCAUCAAAACCUCCAGUGAUGGCGAACCUUUUAGAGAACAAGUGCCGGGGUGGAGCAAGGGAAAACUGUGUCCAGGGCAUGUGUGCACCCUGCACCCCUGCCUGCCCCUGCCCUGCCCUGGAACACCCCGAAACACCCCGUCACACUCCUGGAACACCCUCGCCACGCCCCUGCAGGGACACGCCCCCAGUUCGUUGCGUACCCCUAGCUCCCUUGACACUAUGCCACUGCUGAGUGCCCAAACUGGGGCGAUGGCGUGCGUGCCCACAAAGAGGGCUCUGAGUGCCACCUCUGGCACCCAUGCCAUAGGUUCGCCACACUGGUUUAAUCUGUCCACUCUUGCAUGGUUCACCCAUUAAUCUCUUAUCCCUUUCCCACUCUUAGGAAUUUGGGAAGGAAAAAGAUUCCUCCCCCGUCCCCACACCCAUAGGGAGAAUUCUAACUUGGGCCGAUGCAGAGGCGUACCAGGGGUAAAUGGUGCCCAGAGACACAUUGUCUCCGGGUGCCCCCCCUUGGGGGGUGGAGACAGGCACCUUCAACCCGGCCCAUGUUCAUGUUGAUAACGACAUGUGUGAGUUGAGGGUGCUCAGACACAACAGCAGGAGGAAGUCCUGCUGCCUCGUCAUCUUCGAGGGCCCUCAACCCCACCCAUGUGUCAUGGACAUAGGUGGGGUCAGGGGUGCCCAGCUCGACACCCCCACUGCCGUCUUCCUGGUCACGUGGGGAGGCAAUUUUGUGCCCCCCACAUGACCAGGAGAGUGGUGCCCGGGGGCAAGAGGUACCCCUUGCCCCUAGGCAAAUAUGCCACUGGGCCGAUGCAUCUGAAAUUUAGCUUUCAAAAGAUGCUGGGAGAUAUAUUUUUAAUCAAUUUGACUCUGUAUUCACACAGCAUAGAGUCCCAUUCCUUUAUAUUAAUUAAAGAUAAAGGAGCAAACUAUCCUUGUACCAGUAUGCUGCUGCAUUUGCAACCCAUGCACAUUGAAAGCAGUCCACAGAGAUACUUGUAACUAAUCUCCUAACAUGGCAGACUGAAGUUACCAGUAGAUUCUCUCAUCAUUUUCUAUAUCAAGGGGUAGAGGAGAUCCAACAUAGAUAAUUGCAACAUCUUGUCACUUUGAACCGCAGAUUAAGGUGCUAAAGAGCCAUUCUACUUGGCAGUAAGCGCCUUACCUCUAGGAGCAACAUUGUCCAAAUAGUGCACUGUUGUCUAGAUUCAAAUCAAACAGUUUGCACUACAUUGGCUCUCCAAUAUUGAUUAACUGGUGCAAACACAGCCCAUUAUAAUCAGCUGUUUUCAUGUCUUUGUUUUGUUAAUUUAGUAGACCUUUAUAAAGAAUAAAGAAAUAGCAUAAAAUAGCUCUACAGAUAUAAUAGACAGCUGUUGAAUCUCUCUAAAUGCAUCCUAACAGUGUCCAUGCACAUUUGAAGUAAAAACAAAGGGUUUCAGUUAUCCGGUUCACCCUGUCUCCUUAAAUGUGAUCAGAGAAAAACCAAUCUUCCUUUAAAGUUAUAUAUUAUAUGGCUCCGAUCAAGCUUUAUGGAAAUCCUUCUUUUAAAAUGAUAAAAGCAUGUCAAUCUUUGACAGUCUAGAGAACAAGCCAGAUAGAGCUUUGAAACAUGGUUUGCAGAAACAAAAAUGCAACAGAUACCUGGGCGUCCACCACUUUUCCUUAGCUCCAAAUACUGGACAAGUUUUCUUGCUGUGGUCUUAUUUCCCCACCAGUAUGGAAUUUUAGGCCAUAACUCAGAGUGCUCUGCCACUUGUACAAUAUCUUCAUAUGAGACAAUAACCUGAUAGCCAUUAGCCCACAUGAGCUGUAGGGUUGGAACCACCUGAAAGAGAGACAUUGCUCUAUAUUUGUGUGGCCACAAUGAAUGUGGCCACUGCACAGAAAUUCAAAUGUUAAGGCAUGCAUCCUUUAUUAUAUUUCUCUAACUUGAAUUUAAAAUUCAUAAACAGGAGAGAUUAAAUAGCAAAAGAGGCAUUUUUUUCUGAAUACUAAGAAUCACCAUACGUUUGUAGGAUUUUUUCCCAUAUGUGAAUUUUCUAACUUCAUAAAAGGCCUUCAGUUUUUUGCUAGGUAGGCAGUCUCCUUACAUAAAUACCCUCAUUUAUAUUUUUUAAAGCUAAUGUAAGGGGGGAAAAACUUUCUUAGAUGAAACAUUUCAGAAUAUCUUUCAUAAACAUUGUGUUUAUUUUUAAGCAAAAUCAAUCACUCUUUGUUUCCAUCUGCCUCCAUAAUAUUAGAAGGAAAGAAAGGAAAAAAGGAAAGGAAAAAGACCCUUGACAGAACAUCUUGCUCUGUGUCUCCCAUAUAGUUUUUUUUUGUUCACAGGUUCCCAAGAAAUACAACUAAACUUCUUGAAAUCCAAGAGUUCUGUACAUCAUCCCCUCAAGCAGACCAGUCCCAUUAUCUACACCUCAGUACUUGAGGACUCUUCCCCCAUACACACACAUUCAACAAAGUGCCUCUAUAUGAUGUGAUUACUGGUGCUGAACUGACUGGUCAUUUCCUGUUUAAGAAGUGAAAGACAAUUUUAAAAGAGAAGAGUUCUGUCUUUUCUACACACUGUUCUAAGUGCAACAAAAUUCACAUAGCCUCGGCCUAUAGCUGUGAUCCAACUUACAGAAAUGUGUACUGGCAUUUUUGAAUAAAUUCCAUUGCUCUCAUGGAAUUUAAUCGCCAUUAAUGCCCUAAUUUGAUCAGCUAUUUAAUUUCCACACCAAAACUGAAAAUAUCUUAGAUAUAGUAGUGAAGAGAUUUGAUCACUUUGUAAGUAAGGUAUAAGUUUACAUUUAAAGAUAAAGGUUUAUUAUUGUU